AAGGCUUGAUUUGGGGACUAUCAGGACUGCAAGGUCAGGCGCAGCGGGCCAGUUGGGCUCCAACCAAGCUCAGCCAGCGGGCACGGCUCAGAGCGCGCUCAGCCAAUUUGCACCCACACUCGCUCCCCAGCCGGCAAACUAGGCAUCAAUCAAUGCUGUGUAGUAAAAAUCAUUUGUUUAGGCAUCUUGUGCAGCCAGAUGCGUCAAAUUUGGGGGCGGGCACCAGUGGCCAGCGGGCGCGGCUCUCCGCGCGCUCAGGUGUCGCGGCCUCCAAUCCUUCGCGUUUGCCACGCCCGCCACUCGCAAACUGCUUGAAUGCAUUAAAAAGAUACAUAUCAGCGUUUCAGUGCAUCGGUUCGGCGUUUACAGCGUCAGCUGCUGUUGACAACCGGUGCGGUUGGCAACCCCCAAAGCAAUUUGCGACAGCAGCGGAAGUCACGUCCCUAAUAGUUACAAUGAUAAACUACAUAAAUAAAGAGGUGCAUUAAGCGUGCAGAGGUGCAAUAGAAGCGUAGAAACAGAUGAGGCAUGGGCAGCAGGUUGCCUACAGCACAGCCACGCCCAAAGCCACGCCAGUAUGUAAAUGGUGAACAUAUUCACCGAUUUGCAAUGCUUGCAUAGCAGGCAGUCGGCUGCAUUGAUUCUGCCACUGCUCGCUGCCCUGCUCCUCCGUGCUCGCUACCCUGCUUCUCUCCUGCGCUGCAUCUACAUGGCUAUAUCGCGCUUGGCACUCAACCCGCUCCUGGCCUCCAUCCAAGGCAUUACUUGAGACUGCUCAUGGCCUCUUCCAGUGGUUGCUUCAAAAUGGAGUUUGCGCCGGAUGAUGGCUCACAGGGCGCCAACCAGGGCUUCCUGGUCCUUCCCGCCGCCCUGCCCGCCGCCGCCCUGGGCCGAGCCCUGCCGCCUCCUGGCCGCAGCCGCAGCAGCACACGGCAUCAACCUGCAGGACGGCAGCAGCAGUAGCAGCAGCACCGCCGCCGCUGCUACUGCCGCCCCCACCGCCGCCGCCCCGGCGCCGCCCUCAGCCUCGGGCUCGGCUGCGGACGUGGGCGGGGCCGGUGGCAGUGACGUCAGCAGCAGCGGCGUCAGUGGGGUCGGUGGCGGCGGGGCCCAGCAGGAGGGCGGCGCGGCAUCCGGCCUAGCGGGCACAGCCACGGCGCCAACCGCGGUAGCUGCUGCGACGGCUGCGGUGCGGGGUGUGGUGCCGGCGGCGGAGCGGCGCACGGCGGUCAUCCUGCCCGUGGCGCCGGACGUGGAGGUGCCGGACUGGUUCUUCGAGCGCACGGGUGUCGAGCUCAAGGCGCAGUGGCAGGCGGCGCGGCGGCGGCGGGAGGAGGCGGCGCAGCUGAUGAGACGCGCCAUGCGGGAGCGGCAGCAGCAGCAGCAGGAGGACGCCGGCGGGACCCCCUCCACGGCCUCCUCUUCAGCAACCGCCACUGUGCGCGUGCGCUUCCCGGAGGGCGUGUGCCUGCAGGGCCAGUUCGGGGCGGCCGAGCCCGUGGGCCGCGUGUUCGAGUGGGUGGCGGCCUGCCUGCGGCCCUCGGGCGGAGCGGGGGGAGCGCCGCCCAUGUUUGAGCUGAUCACGCCCGACCGCAAGCCGCUCGCCAUCACCGGACCUCCCGCCGGCGCCGCCUCUUCCUCGGGCGGCAGCGGGAAGCACGUCCGCCGGGCCGCGCAGCAGCCAACCGCGUCCGUGCCCCUGACGCUGCGCAGUGCGGGGCUGCUGCCUGCCUGCCUGCUGCUGCUGCGGCCCGUGUACCUGGACGGCGGUGGGGAGGAGGGGGCGGGCGGGCAGGGGGCGGGCGGGCUGAGGCGGCUGCCGCUGCUGCGGGAUGAGCUGCUGAGGGGCGCGGGCAGCAGUGUGCAGCUGCAGCAGUAGUUGGCUGGCUGGUGGUGUGUGUGGUGAGGUGUGAGGGGUGAGCGAGGUAAAGGGUGCAGGGGGAGGCGGAAUGCGGUGUGGCCAUGCAUGGACGGGGUUGCACCAGGAAUCACAUCCGAGAUGCAGGGCAGGGCACUUCCUAGUACCGUACGGUACAAGCAAGAGCAGAGGGUGGUGAGAAGCAUGCCAUAGUCCCGAGUGUGAUGGGUGUAAUCCCAAUCCCACAAGCCAGGUCCAGGUCCAGGUGCAGGGCAGGGCAGGGCCGCACGUAAGGGAUGAAAGUGGCUGAGACCCGC